AUGCCAGAGCCAGCACUCGACACCGAAGAAUUCACUGCCCAGCCGCUGCCGCCAAUCUCGGAGAAUGAUAGGUCAUUGUGGGAUCGUUCGUAUGAUAGCCUAAGAGAGAGGGAUGAAGGGCUGAUAAAGGAGUAUGAGGCGCUCCUGUCGAAAGAACUUCAACCUCAGAGUGAUGCGCCUUCUAUGAACAUAACCGAGUCUGAGAGUUGCAUUGAUAGCACAGAUCACAGACACCGGCAAGAGCAGCUAGAAUUUAUCAUUAAGAAUGGACUAAAGCGAGCAGAGGAAGGGAAAACAACUUUUAAGAUCUUUGGCAAGACAUUCAUACCUCGAGAACAGGCCGCUCAAGCAGCUGAGUUUAUGAAGAGUGUGAAGAUUCUUGUUGAUGAAGCAGUUAAAUCUUCACCCGAAGCCUCUUUAGCUUGGGCUGGGAUUUGCACAGUCCUCCCUAUUCUUAUAAAUCCUUCAACUGCAGAGACCGCUCAACAGGACGGUUUUGUAUACGUCACAGCCCGCAUGCGCUUUUAUGUCGAGCUCGAAUAUCAUUUGUGGCCGGCCAGUCUGGAUAAGGCUGUUAAAUUGAGACAGGAGUUGGAGAACGACCUCCUUGACUUAUACCAGCACAUUCUUGAAUUCCAAAUCAAACUUGUCAUUCACUUAUACAAAACACGGCUGGCAAAAUGGAAGGACGACGUAAUCCACAACAAUACCUGGAAUGGGAUGGUCUCUGAACUUAAGGAGCUAGAGAGCACUUUUGACAGAGAUCUGAAAAAGGUUAAUGAUAUAUCAUCGAGGAUGGAGCUGGAAAAGCUCAACGAAAAUGCAAAGAGAUUUUUCGAAGCGCUGACCUCAAAGCUGCAUGUUUCUCGAGACAAUGCAGAGUCCCGACCACCGAGGGGCUUGAUGUAUGGUGGGUAUGGACACCAAUUCAAUGCCUUUGGGGGCGCAAUGCAAUACAACAAUACAGGGAGCGGCGACCAGUAUGCCGGAGUCAAAAUUUAUGGGUGA